ACUUGUUUAAUUCUGAGUCUCGCUCUAUCUCCGUCCUUUUUGUAAAAUUCACAAAUACGCUUCGAAUACAACCCCCAAAAAUCACAAAAAAUUGACUAACCUAAUCUAUAGCUCGCCAUAACCAUCUGGGUGGUUGUUAAUACUGCCCAUUGAGUAUGGGUGGUUUUGCCGGUUCGACGAUUUCCGGACAAUGUCGUGGGACGAUUAUAAGAUGUCGCGUAGCCCUCGCAGUUUGAAAAUGUUGGGGAACUACUAUUGCCAAAUAUCAUGUUAACUCAGCUAUCACCGGUAAUAUUGGAUCGGGUUCUUGAAUACGUGGACCCCACAUCGUUGGUAAAUCUUGCAUGCACAAACUACCAGUUCUAUAGCCCGUGUCUCGCUAAGUUGUACCGUGAAAUCGUGGUGUUUCUGACAUGCUCGCUUGUUCCCAAAACCCAUCGCAAACUUAGUUUUAACGACAAGACCGUUAUUUGUGGGCUUUCACAGUGCCAUGACACAGUAAAGAACCUUAAGAUGGUCGAGGUUCGCUUGAGCGCUUUGAACUCCGCCUUAUCCAUCAAUUCUGACUUACCAAACCUUGUCAAGAAAGUGAGUGUGUUCGAUACCUUCAAUCAGGCUGUGGACAACGAAAUAGUCCAACUUUUGGGCAAGAUUUCCGCCAAUGUUUAUGUCGAGAACGACAAACUCCGCAAGUAUUUAAAGAGCAAAAUCUCCUUCAACUCCAUAAUCGUCGACCACGUCUCUGAUUUCAAAGAUAUCGACGAACUCGAUAUCCGCACCGGCCAUUGCGAGCAAAAGCAACUAUUUUUCCUGAAAAAACGGUCUUAUGUGAUACAAAACCCGCUGUUCUUCUCAUAUUUGAAGAAAAACUCCCUUAAGAUCUUCCCUACAAGCAUCAACAUCGACAGAAACACUGAGUUGUCGGUAAUAGACAUGCAGCAUCUCAAAAACCUUGAAGUGUCACUCGAUCCGCACACGAAUUUGGACUUCAUCACCAAAUCCAUAGACUUGUACAGGCUCCAGAAGCUUUCUAUUGUGCAGCCCGACUUAUACGACCACAAUAGGAACGAGAAAACCGACCUCAAACUCAUCGAAUGGCUCAGUCUCCAUGCCAACGAGUUUCGGAGUCUCAGCUAUCUUUCAAUUUCCUACAACCCUCCCCUCACGGGGCAGAUUGUUGACGAAUUUGAAGGAAACUACUUGAAAAAAAUCGAGGUACUCGAGACGCUUGUCAACGUCAUCAACACCCUCGCGACGCCCAAGAUCAACCUUGUGCUCCCCAACUACUUGGAGGUGUUGUCGUGCUACGAGCAACCCAUGAACAAUCUAAUGUGGAAUGGAUGCAAAUGCGGGUACUGCAGCGUGUGGUUGGAAAAACUUGACGAUUUUGUAAAUUUCCACAAAUACUUUGACGAGCUGCUGAACUAUUGGAAGGACUUAAACAAUGCCAUCACCCUCAAUUCGUUGGCUCAAAACUAUCGAUGCCGGUAUUUAGCUCGCAACAACUUUGAUAUGUGCGGGCUGGUGCGGUUUCAAAACUGGGACUUUCACACCAACCACUUCGCUCCCAUCCAGUUUCAGUGUUGUAGUCUCCAAACCGUGUAUGAGAGUGAAUAUAACGACGGCAGGGAAAUAUACUUUGACACCUCCUCAACCCAAGCCCCCUGUCAAUACAGGCAAUUGUUUAUUCAUCUCGAUAUAUGCAUGGUGCACUAUUUGCAGGGUAUUGUUAACAAGCUCGUGAGAUUGGACCGGGGAAACGCCGAGAGCUUUGAAAUUACUGACGGGGACAUAAAUGAUGGAGACGAGCCUAUCAACCUCCAGAAUCUCUAUGUAAGCGGAUUUCGAUUCGCGUUUGACAAGGAGAUGAACGGCACCAAUUUUUAUGAAAGUUAUUAUGAUUAGACGCCAAAAUAAGACAAAUAAAAACAAACCGCCCGAUUAUGCUUCAAAUUCCAGAAGCACCCCCAAACCCUUGAAACGUCGUGAAAAUUGGCAGGAUAUGCAUGAAAUUGGCAGGCUAUGCAUGAAAUUUAUCACCUAGUGCGUGAAUUUGACCAGUUAAGAAUCUGCUAUUUUCGGAGCCAAUACGAACGCACCUCACGCAUUUUACCCAUUUGACGCUACCAGUUGUCCCCUAAACAAUAAGCAGCCAGCCGGGAUGUUUGUAAAUCUAAACGAAAGACAACAAAGCAAUCACAAUGGACUAAACGUAAGUAUAUGCUAGUUACGGGGAAACAUAAUUUCGCUUGCCCAUGAUUUGCCAAGUAUGGGAGAUCCGAGGCAGAGGACUUUUAGGGCUACCAUCCCCCUUUCUUGGUUCCCCUCUCUGCCAAUGCCUGGUUGUAUUAAUGCCUGUACCUGCGGUGGUCCUGGUACCCAUCCACCGAUUGGGGGGGGGGGGGGGUUUCGGUGGGGUCGGCGAAACCCCCACCGAAAAGGAAUUAAGGUUUAGACCCAUCUCGAUUUAGGCAAGCCAGAUGCCAACCGAGGAUGCCUAGUGCGUCUGGACCACCCGCCAAGUAACCAUAACCAAAUCUAGAGUUGAUUGUCCCCGGUCCGCCUGAUGUCAUUCCGAUUUAUUGCGACCCCUUUUCUUUGAGGUCGAUGCUCGAGUAAAAACGCGAGCCAAGCGAUGGAAGCGAUGGAAGCGAAAAUACAAUUGGGCUCGUUAAUUGAAAUGUACUUGGGUUAAUGAUAUAUAUGAUUGGGCUAUCAGUAAAUGUAGAAAUAUAUGAUUGGAGGCCAAGACAGUGGAUGGGAGGAAUAGGGUUUCCCCCGAAUGGUAGUGGGAACUUCCUGUUCCUGCACCAACCGCCGCAGAGCUCUUGCGUAAAUGUGCAGGAAGCGGCAUGCAUAACCGUUGACAUCUAGCAAACGGCGAUUUAACCGAUGCAAUCAUAGCUAUUCUUUAGUUUUAAGAGACAAGCAGUAAUUAUAUGAGGUGGGCUCGAGGAAGACACGACCCCUAGAGAAUUUCAAUUUAUUUUCCCAGUAUUUUUUGAGUGAGUGCAGUCUGUUGUUGGAGCUGCUAAUGUGCGCUUAUUUAUUACCUAUCCCAGCAGGUGGUGGACGGCCUGUAUACCUCUUCUAAUGGUAGCAACCAAAAGUAUAACCUAAAAGAGUGUUAUCAGCAGCGGAAUGACAGCGGAAUCAUUGAAAUGCCCCACUGAGGCGCGGAAAGUGGAGUGCGGAGAGUGGAAUUCGAGAUCCGAUGGGUAGCUGCCACCUGUGGUUUAUGCCCAAUGAAGGAGUUAGGAUUGGCAGUUGAAGGAAAAAUAUUGUUUGCUAGAAAAUUUGUUCCAUGCGUAUCCCACCAAUUGUUUUUAAAAUUUGCGUUUAAUGCAUAAUACUUGGAUGUAAGGAGCAUAAAAUUUGACGAGUCUACGUGUAGACAAUAGGAGACUUGUAAUCUGAAUCCUUUUAGUACUUUACAUAGAGGCAUUAGACGACAGUGGGUUUCCAUCAAUUUAACAGUAUAGGAUGGGGUUCAUACCAUUGACAAGAAUGCCAUUGGCUUAAGAUGAAACAAAAUUCAACACCUGUCACAAGAUUACAUGCAUCUAGGAUUUACUCUUCCUAACCAAAGAUCUGAGCCAAAGUUGAUAAAAUCCUGGAUGAAAUCGUCGUCUAGGUGAAAUGGGUAGAUCGACACUGCCAUUCAAGUUUAGGGGCCCGUCUAGCUAUCAUAAGAAACAUUCUGCAAUAGAAAAAUACCGACCAUCCUAUUAAUGGCCCAAUACGGGGGAUUUAUUGUAGUCUGGACCUACCAUUGUUCUAAUUUAUGCCAGGGCCAUCGCACGAGAUUCCCGUGAAAACUCCUAUUGUUUGCUUGUCAAUUGUCAGGGUUUGAUCCUGGUUGCGAGGGCUUAUUAGGAACUCACGAAAAACAAAUUAGCUCACUGUUACAGGCUGAUGCGGGAACUGGUUGAGAGCUUUUCGAGGUGUUUGGUGAGGAGG